AAAGCGAUACUUAUCCUUUGCCGGUGUCCCUGCCCGGUAAUACCCUCAUCCUAACAGGGUCAGUGUGUAUGCACGAGGCAGACUAAUCUUAUUAUGGCACAUCUGAGUGUUGUGGCUGGAGAGGCUUAUAUUUAACAGAAAAUAAACAUAAAAAGUUCAAAACGGGGAAUAAAGUGUCCAAAGGGGGAAGGAGUGUCCAAAAUAAACAGGGGAUCUGGUGUCCUCAUUGUGCUGGGGAAUCGUGAAGGAAGGGAAGUGUUCGGAAAGGAGGGGUCCAGGUAAGGGGUCGAGUCCGGCGGUCGCACGUGCUCCUCUCUGUGGUCCGGGGCGCGAGGGGCAGUGGCUUCUUCACAGCAGCUCAUCUUCCCUGGGCCAUGGUGCUUCAGGGGAUUAACGGCCUCCAUUCUGGACUGCGAGUCCGGCAUCUCGUAUCUCUGGCGGUGGGGGAGUCCCUCUGUGCUCCCUUCCUAGACCUACGAGGACACCAGCAUGCAUGCCUGGGGGAAGAGACUGGUCUCUUGAGGAGAGGCGCGCUCUGCACUCAACAGCGGCGGUGACAAGGCUCCAUUCACCUCACUUGUGCCUCAUCACACGCCGCCAGCCCUGACUGUUUCUGCGCCCCUCCUCUCUCACACACUCACUCCUGUCGGGAACCUGGUGAAGGGUGGCUUUUAAGGGACGGGGUGAUGAUGAUAAUUAGGGGGGAGGCAGCUGAUCCGUCACAGUGUGCAUAAAUGUGAUGUGUUUUGUGUUAUGCUGGCUCUCAUCUUACGGAGCCUGUGACUACAUGUUCAAAAUGGAGAAAGAGGACAGCUAAUGGGCCCAAUCUGUGCUGCACCAGGUUAGACUAACCUCGUCUGCUUACAGUCUGUUACUGAGGGCAGCUGUUGAGUUUCCAGCUGCGACCAUGAGCACCAUCUCACCGACUGAUUUUGACAGCGUCGAGAUCCAGCAGCAGUACAACGACAUCAACAACCGCUGGGACAUCGCAGCUGAAAAAGAGUGGGAUAAUGAAAACAGUUCUGCACGUCUGUUUGAGCGUUCCCGCAUUAAAGCUCUCGCAGAUGAGAGAGAAGCGGUGCAGAAGAAGACCUUCACUAAAUGGGUGAACUCUCACCUGGGCCGCGUGACCUGCAGGAUUGGUGACCUCUACACUGACCUCCGCGAUGGACGUAUGCUUAUCCGACUGCUGGAGGUCCUCUCUGGGGAACAACUGCCAAAGCCCACCAAGGGCCGUAUGCGCAUCCACUGUCUGGAGAACGUUGACAAGGCUCUGCAAUUCUUGAAGGAACAAAAGGUUCAUCUGGAGAAUAUGGGUUCUCAUGACAUUGUUGAUGGAAACCACCGCCUCACACUUGGACUCAUUUGGACCAUAAUUCUCCGUUUCCAGAUCCAAGACAUUAGCGUUGAGACAGAGGACAACAAGGAGAAGAAAUCAGCCAAAGAUGCUCUGCUGCUGUGGUGUCAGAUGAAGACUGCAGGGUACCCAAAUGUCAAUGUCCACAACUUUACCACCAGCUGGAGAGAUGGUCUAGCGUUCAAUGCCAUAGUGCACAAACACAGGUCAGACUUGAUUGACUUUGAUAAUCUCAAGCGCUCUAAUGCCCACUAUAACCUGCAGAAUGCCUUUAAUGUGGCAGAGAAGGAGCUGGGUCUUACCAAGCUACUGGAUCCAGAGGAUGUGAAUGUUGAUCAGCCUGAUGAGAAGUCCAUCAUCACAUAUGUGGCUACAUACUACCACUACUUCAGCAAGAUGAAGGCGCUUGCCGUAGAGGGCAAGAGAAUCGGCAAGGUGCUGGACUAUGCCAUCGAAGCAGAUCAGCUGAUUGAGAAAUACGAGACUCUGGCCUCAGAGCUGCUGCAGUGGAUUGAACAAACCAUUGUUACCCUUAAUGAUCGUCAGCUCGCUAACUCGCUCAGUGCGGUUCAGAACCAGCUACAGGCCUUCAAUACAUACCGCACUGUGGAGAAACCACCUAAAUUCACUGAAAAGGGAAAUUUGGAGGUUUUGCUCUUCACCAUUCAGAGUAAAAUGAGAGCAAACAAUCAGAAAGUCUACAUGCCAAGAGAGGGAAAACUCAUCUCUGAUAUCAACAAGGCAUGGGAGAGGCUGGAGAAAGCGGAACACGAGAGGGAGUUGGCACUGAGAAAUGAGCUGAUUCGUCAGGAGAAGCUGGAGAUGUUGGCUGCACGUUUUGACCGCAAAGCAGCCAUGAGAGAAACCUGGCUCAGCGAAAACCAGCGGCUGGUCUCACAGGACAAUUUUGGUGUUGACCUGGGUGCUGUGGAAGCAGCCACUCGCAAACACGAGGCCAUCGAGACCGACAUCCAGGCGUACGGUGAGCGCGUAGCAACCGUAGAAGCUGUUGCUCGAGAACUGGAGGCAGAGGGAUAUCAUGAAGUGCGCCGCAUACUGGCACGGAGGGAUAACGUCCUUAGACUGUGGGAGUAUCUGAAGGAACUACUUGCAGCACGGCGAGAGAGGCUGAAUGCACACAGAGACCUGCAGCGCCUUCUACAGGAGAUGAGCUACAUCAUGGACUGGAUGGAAGACAUGAAGAGUCGUCUGCAAUCUCAGGACAGUGGAAAACACCUUCAUGAUGUGGAGGACUUGCUGCAAAAACACACACUUGUGGAAGCUGAUAUAUCCGCACAGGCCGAGCGAGUCAAAGCCGUUCAGGCUGCUGCGAAGAGAUUUACUUCAAAUGAACAGAGUUAUAAGCCAUGUGACCCCACUCUGGUUGAAGAGAAGGUGGAUCUUCUGGGCCGAGCGUAUGGAGAACUGAGCCAGCUGGCUGCGGAUCGACGAGUUCGACUAGAUGACUCGCGAAGGCUGUGGCAGUUCCUAUGGGAGCUGGGAGAGGAGGCCGCCUGGAUCAGAGAGCAGGAGCAGAUCCUUUCUGGAGGGGACUACGGAAAGGACUUGAGCUCCGCUCUUCACCUCCUGUCUAAACAUGAGGCCUUCAGAGAUGAGAUGGCAGCCCGGUAUGGCCCUCUGGGGAACAGCAUUGCAGGCGGAGAGGCCCUAGUGAAGGAAGGCCACUAUGGGGCACCUGAGGUGACAGAGCGAAUCAAGGACGUGAGAGCACAGUGGUCGCACCUGGAGGAGGCCUCACAGUUGCGUGAGCAGGGGCUGAUAGAGUCUGUAGCUUUCCAUCAGUUCCAGACAGACGGCAACGACAUGGAGGCCUGGAUACUGGAAACACUAAGACUGGUGUCUAGUCAAGAAGUUGGCCACGAUGAGUUUUCUACACAGACUCUGGCCAGAAAGCAGAGAGAGGUGGAGGAGGAGAUUCAAAGUCACCGAUCACUCAUCGACUCACUACAUGAACAGGCCUCAACACUGCCGGAAGCAUACGCACAGUCUCCACAGGUGGAGGGCCGUCUCCCAGCAAUAGAGCAGCGCUAUGAAGAGUUAGAGGGGUUGUCGUCAUCAUGGCGACAGGCCUUAGAUGGAGCGCUUGCGUUGUAUCGCAUGUUUAGUGAAGCUAGUGCCUGCCAGCAGUGGGUUGGAGAGAAAGAACAGUGGCUGCACAACAUGGAGAUUCCCACCAAACUAGAGGAUCUGGAGGUGGUCCAGCAAAGGUUUGAAACUCUGGAGCCAGAGAUGAACACACUGGGUGCUCGCAUUUCUGAUGUCAAUCAAGUGGCUCAACAGCUGCUUGGAUCAGACAACCGCAACAAAGAGCAGAUCGACCAGACACAGAACCAACUCAAUAAGAGGUGGUCUGAUUUCCAGAGUCUAUCUGACCAGCGUAAACAAGCUCUGGAAUCAGCACUGAAUAUCCAGAACUAUCAUCUAGAGUGUAAUGAGAUCAAGAGCUGGAUGAAGGAGAAGACCAAGGUCAUCGAGUCCACGCAGAGCCUUGGAAAUGACCUGGCUGGAGUCAUGGCCCUGCAGCGUAAACUCACUGGUAUGGAAAGAGACCUGGAGGCUAUACAGGGUAAGCUGGAUGACCUGCGUUGUGAGGCAGAGAAGUUGGUGUCUGAGCACCCCAAGCAGCAGGAGGAGAUCAAGGGUCGAUUGGCUGAAAUCCAGGAGGUGUGGGAGGAGCUUCGAGCCACCAUGAAACGGCGCGAGGAGUCGUUGGGCGAAGCCUCUAAGCUUCAGGGCUUCCUUAGAGAUCUUGAUGGCUUCCAGGCCUGGCUGUCUCGUACACAGACCACUGUGGCAUCCGAAGACACGCCUACAUCUCUGGCAGAAGCAGAGUGUCUGCUGGCUCAACAUGAGGCCAUAAAGAAUGAAGUAGAUAACUACAGGGAAGAUUAUGAGAAGAUGAGAGCCACUGGAGUUGAGGUUACUCAAGGACAGACGGAUGCCCAGCACAUGUUCCUAGCCCAGCGGCUGCAAGCAUUGGACACUGGCUGGCAUGAGCUGAGGAGAAUGUGGGAGAGCCGCCACUGUGUCCUCGCUCAGGCCUUUGAUUUCCAAACCUUGCUACGAGAUGCAAAACAGGCAGAGGGCUUCCUCAAUAGCCAGGAGUAUGUUCUGUCACACACAGAGAUGCCCUCCAGCCUGCAAGGGGCUGUGGAGGCCAUCAAGAAACACGAGGACUUCCUCACCACCAUGGAGGCCAAUGAAGAAAAGAUCAAUGGUGUGGUCGAAUCUGGACGAAGACUCAUAUCUGAUGGCAACACCAAUGCAGACAAGAUUCAGGAGAAGACAGACUCCAUUCAGGAAAGGCACCAGAAGAACAAACAAGCUGCCAGUGAGCUGCUAGCUAAACUGAAGGAUAACAGAGAGCUGCAGCACUUCCUACAGGAUGGACAAGAGCUGACUUUGUGGAUAAAUGAGAAAAUGUUGACAGCUCAGGACAUGUCCUAUGAUGAGGCUAGAAACCUCCACAGCAAGUGGCAGAAGCACCAGGCCUUCAUGGCAGAGCUAGCCUCCAAUAAAGACUGGCUGGACAAGAUUGACAAGGAGGGUCAGGUGUUAGUAAAGGAGAAGCCUGAGCUGGAGCAGACUGUAUCAGAGACUAUGAGCAGCCUGCAGAAGCAGUGGGAGGAGCUAGAGAGCACCACUCAAGCCAAAGCUCAGUGUCUGUUUGAUGCUAACCGAACUGAACUUUUCACGCAGAGCUGCUCAGCUCUGGACUCCUGGCUCCAGAACAUCUCCUCUAAACUCCAAAGUGAUGACUUCGGAAAAGAUCUCACAAGUGUCAACAUCCUGCUCAAGAAACACCAGAUGCUGGAUCAUCAGAUGGAGGUGCGUGAGAAAGAGGUCCAGUCUCUGCAGUCACAGGCUCUGGCCUUGGCCCAAGAGGAUUCUGGGAUAAUGGAGGUUGAUGGGCAGCAGAGACGGGUGACAGACAGCUUCUCUAAACUGCAGGACCCUCUAAGACAGCGGAGGCAGCGUCUUCUUGCUUCAAAAGAGGCUCAUCAGUUCAACAGAGACCUUGAGGAUGAAAUUUUAUGGGUGAAGGAGAGGAUGCCUCUCGCCACAUCCACAGACCACGGUAAAGAUCUGCCCAGUGUCCAGCUGCUCAUCAAAAAGAAUCAGACUCUGCAAAAGGAGAUUCAGGGCCAUCAGCCCCGUAUAGAUGACAUCCAGGCUCAUGGUAGGACCAUGUCCCCUGGGAAGGAUUCAGAGAUGGACAGGGAGAGAAGAGCGGCUCUUGAUGGGCGUCUGGAGGAGCUGAGGGAAUUGUGGGCCCUUUUGAUUUCUGAGACGGAAAAGAGGAAUGUGAGGCUAGAAGCGGCUAACCGAGCGCAGCAGUUUUACACAGAUGCUGCAGAGGCUGAGGCCUGGAUGGGAGAACAAGAGCUUCAUAUGAUGUCAGAGGAAAAGGCAAAGGAUGAGCAGAGUGCUUUGGUGAUGGUGAAGAAACACCAGAUUCUGGAGCAGGCUCUAGAGGACUACGCUCAAACCAUCCAUCAGCUGGCCAAUAGCAGCAGACUUAUGGUGAAUAGUGAACACCCAGAGAGUGAAAGAAUUACUCUGAGGCAGGCCCAGGUGGAUAAACUGUACGCAGGGUUGAAGGAUCUGGCAGAAGAGAGGAGGGGCAAACUGCAGGAGAGACUGAGACUGACCCAGCUGAAGAGAGAGGUAGAUGAUUUAGAGCAGUGGAUCGCCGAAAGAGAGGUUGUCGCUGGGUCUCACGAACUCGGACAAGACUAUGAACAUGUGACGAUGUUGCGUGACAAGUUCCGAGAGUUUGCGCGGGACACCAGCAACAUUGGCCAGGAGCGUGUGGAUGCAGUGAACGCUCAGGCAGAUGAACUUAUUGAGUCUGGUCAUCCAGAAAACGCCAGUGUGGCUGAGUGGAAGGACGGGCUCAAUGAGGCCUGGGCUGACCUGCUGGAGCUCAUUGACACGCGCACACAGAUGCUUGCCGCCUCAUACGAGCUGCACCGCUUCCACCAGGACGCACGGGAAGCUUUGGGGCUCAUACGGGAGAAGAAGGAGACACUAGCUGGGGCCGAACUCGGACGGGACUUGAACACUGUCCAGCACUUGCUUAGACAGCAUACGGCGUAUGAGCAUGAUGUGCAGGCACUCAGCGGGCAGGUCACACAGGUUCAGGAUGAUGCUGCACGUCUGCAGAAAGCGUACGCUGGAGAGAAAGCUGAUGAUAUCCAUCGCCACGAGCGUGCAGUCACAGAGGCCUGGGAGGGGCUUCAGUCUGCCACUCAAGCCAGACGGCUGCUCCUACUAGACACAGUGGAGAAGUUCAGAUACUUAAACAUGGCCAGAGACCUCAUGCUGUGGAUGGAAGGAAUCAACUUGCAGAUCCAGUCACAUGACAGCCCAAGGGAUGUCUCCUCAGCUGGUCUGGUCAUCGCCAACCAUCAGGAUAUUAAGUCUGAGAUAGAGACUAGAGCGGACAGCUUUACUGCAUGCAGUGAAAUGGGACACACCCUCACCAACAACAACCACUAUGCUUCAGAUGAGAUUCAAGAGAAAUUGGACCAGCUUCUGGCCAAACGCACUGAAAUUAAUCAGAAGUGGCAAGAGAAAAUGGACCACUUACAGAUCGUUCUGGAGGUGUUACAGUUCAGCAGGGAUGCAUCUAUGGCCGAGUCGUGGCUGGCUGGACAGGAGCCACUGGUCAGGGCAGCAGAAUUGGGCUCUAACGUAGAUGAAGUUGAGUGUCUUAUCAAACGCCACGAAGCCUUUGAAAAGCUGGCAGCAGGCUGGGAAGAUCGUUUCACACAGCUAGAGAAACUCACCACGCUGGAGGAACAGGAAAUUCAAAGAAGAAGGGAAGAGGAAGAGAGGGCCCGACGACCACCCACACCUCCCCCCAUGGAAGAGGUAGUACAGUCUGAGAUGAACGAUUCUGCUGCAAGGACGAGUCUGGACCAGACUACAUUGAACCAGUCAGUAUCUGUCAAUGGUGUCUACAGUGACCAGGACACAUCACAGUCAUUAUCGGUCUCUGUGUCUGAACUCAAGAAACCUGAACCUAAACCAGAGAGUAAUCCUCAGUCUAACCCAGUUUCUAAACUUGUGCCUAAACCCCACAAGGCACAGGAGCGUUUUCGUCGGAUUUUGCUUUAUUCCAAGGGAUCAGAAUCAGAAUCUGUUAAUGGGCCGGGCCGUGACAGCGGUCUGGACUCAGCAUCACACCAAGACCCUUCAGCAACACUGCCAGGGCGAGGAGGAGCAGAUGCCACCACAGAAGCCAUGGAGGGCAUCCUUUGCAGGAAACAGGAGAUGGAAUCACACAACAAAAAAGCAGCCACCAGAUCGUGGCAGAAUGUAUAUUGCGUUUUACGUAAAAGCAGUCUGGGCUUCUAUAAGGACAACAAGAGUGCCGCGAAUGGAAUCCCCUACCACGGAGAGGUUCCCAUCAGCCUCAGCGAGGCUGUCUGUGAGGUUGCCCACGACUACAAGAAGAGAAAAUAUGUAUUUAAACUUAGGCUUGGGGAUGGAAAAGAGUUUUUGUUCCAAGCAAAGGAUGAGGCUGAGAUGAGUUCAUGGAUUCAAGCAAUCCUAUCAUCCCUGUCGUCCACCGAGCGUUCGCCGGGUGCCACACGAGGUCUGAGUCGGGCGAUGACCAUGCCACCUAUGUCUCCCAGCUCGGGUGAGGCAGGAGGCGUGACCAUGCGCAACAAAGACGGCAAAGAGAGAGACCGCGAGAAGCGUUUCAGUUUCUUUGGCAAGAAGAAAUAAGCACCCAAAUACAUCACAGAUCUCAACAGGGAGCCAAGCAAGAGAUGGGAGUUUGUCAACACUCAAAAGAAACUGAUCAAGUUAGAAAAGGCAAAGAAAACUCUCAUGUCACAUUGUGAUACAUUGUUUUUGCCCUUUUUUUUUUUCCCCACACUCUUUUUUUUUAAUUUUUUUAAUUCGUCUCAUUUCACACAUGGAUCUUGUUCAGUCUCACCUCCUUGUUUAAAUGCCACUUUUGGCCGGACGGUGAGCUCUGAACUGAGGGAGUCCCUGAACAAGACCAGCUCCCAGACCAAGAUCCAUCCUGAAAGUUCAGCUCAUACCUUUCAAUUUGACUGGCUUCCUUUUUAACUUUUUCCCCAAAAAAUUAUUUUAUAUUUGGGUUAGGUGGCGUUUCUCUACUGUAAUGACCGAGAUUGCUAUUUUGUCUGUUUCCCCUGAUGAUUUCCUUUAUCUGUCUUAACUUCAACCUCUCACUUUCUUUGUGAAGGACCGCGAUCCUUUUCUUUUCUUUUUUCUUUUUUUUUGGUAUUAUACUUAUAACUAAAGAUUUAAUUGUUAUUGCUAUUAUUAAUAUUGUUUAUUUGCUGUUGCAUUUUUGAGUCAUUUUAAAGUUGAAUAUUUAAAGAAAUUGUAAUUAUAGUUGGUAUGAUUUCAUGUUCAGAGAGGUCAAAGCAGAAAGAAUCCUUUUGUGCUCGUCUUUUUUCCUUUCAUCUACACGCUCUUCUGACAGAAGAUUUUCUUUCCUUUUCAUUUUUCUAGAUAUGACUGUUGAAUUUU